AUGGAUGCAAUAGAACUAGUUGCUAUUCCUGACCUGGUGCUCCCGCCCAAAUUCAAGAUGCCUGAGUUUGAAAGUCUGACUGGACCUGCUUCUAGGUGGUAUAACCAACUGAGUCGUGCUCAAGUCCGCUCUUGGAAAGAUUUGGCUAGUUCCUUUCUGAACCAAUACAAGCACAUGAUUGAUAUGAUCCCUGAUCGAAUAACGCUGCAGAAUAUGGAGAUGAGGAGUGAUGAGACAUUGCUUUUUUUGAUUACUGUCUUUGUCCUCGAUCUCAUUGCUUUUGGUUUAGCUGUUGCAGCUGAACAAACAAGAAGCACCGCAAAUAUUGUUAAAGAUAGUGAAAUAAAUUAUAACUACUGUGUAUAUGAUUCAGACAUCGCAACAAGCUAUGGUGUUGGUGCAUUUUUGCUCCUAAUGGGCAGCCAAGCUCUUAUAAUGCUGGCAAGCCGAUGCUUUUGCUGUGGGAAGGCAUUAAAUCCUACUGGUUCAAGGACUUGGGCAGUUAUCCUUUUCAUUUUCUGUUGGUUGUUUUUCCUGGUUGCUGAGAUUUGCUUGGUGGCCGGAUCGGUGCGAAAUGCGUAUCAUACCAAAUACCGGACCAUUUUCGGCGAGCAGCCGCCGUCCUGUGAGACUGUGAGGAAGGGAGUUUUUGGUGCAGGCGCGGCUUUCAUUUUCUUGACCGCAAUUGUGAACAAACUGUACUAUAUUUGCUAUUCCGAUGCCACGGAGAAUAAGCACAGCCUCUAGGCUUGCGGUGGAUCGACCGGCGUCGCCGUCACAAAUAAAGCAUUGGCUGUUUAUGUGACUAU